AUGUCCGACAGCGAGGUCGACUACCUGCAGCCCGACUUCGAGCCUGCCUCGGUCACCAUCCCGCGCCUGCGCUCCAUCCUCGUCAGCCAGAAUGUCCCCUACCCUGCCACCGCGAAGAAGGCGCAGCUCGUCGAAAUCUUCAACGACACCGUCGCUCCUCGAGCGAGGAAGCUGCUGGCUCAGCGCCAGAAGGCCAAACGGUCCAGCAUGGGCAUCACAAACAUAGACGGCUCCCAGGGCUACUCGGUUGCGAACCAGGACAUGCCCCCGCCCCCCAGCGCAAGGCGGAGAGCCGCUUCUCCCCGCAAGGCCACCAGGAGCUUCAAGCAGUCUUCCGAGGAGCCUGACCAUCUACCUGUGGAGCGCUCUCUGAGCCCCAGGAAACGUCAGGCGCGAUCCGCUAGCCGGCAGCUUCCUCAGUCAGACACAGACACCGACAGCCACUACGAAGGCAGGCGCUCCACACGCAAGCCCUCCCGCCAGCCAGACCUCACACCGCAGCCAGAGGUCAAGAGAGAGUAUUCCGACGACGACACCACUGUCUACGAGAGACAGUCCACCGAGCCCGGGACCGUCUUCACCAGCGACAACCCCUUCCAGAGCGGUAGCUCUCCAAUCCCCAUGGCUACCCCAUCCAACCGGAGAAAGACCGGUGGCCUGGACUCCACUGCAAAGAAGUCCACUGCAUCCUCUACUAGAAGACGGACAGACGGUCCCAGGGACGACACACGCGAGUCUACGGGCUACUCGAACUCGGUUGCCGUACCCGUGAGCGCCGUCUCGCGCCCCAAGACACCUGUCACUCCUCAGCCUGUGUUUGAGGAGGUCGAGGCCGGCGAGGAGUUCACACCUGACGAGCAGCUUGUCCUCGCGCAGGAGGACGCCCUCAGGGCACAGACGGCUGUCGUGCCUGCUCGCCAGCCCAGGAGAUCAACCAAUUUGGCUACACCCUUCUGGCUCCUCAUCACCGUCCUGCUCGGGGCUUACGGAGCCUGGUAUCGACAAGAGAAGAUCGCCGUUGGGUACUGUGGAGCUGGCAGGCCUGCGCAAGAGAUCAUUCCUCGGCAUCUGGAGUACAAAGACUUCAAGUUCGACGUGCCGGAGUGGGCAUUCCAAUUCGCCGAGCCUGAAUGCGAGCCUUGCCCACCUCACGCUUACUGCUACGCCGACCACUCCGUGCGAUGCGAUGAGGGUUUCAUUCUGAAGCCUCACCCUUUGUCUGCCAACGGCCUCAUCCCACUCCCACCUACUUGUGAGGCUGACAGCGAGAAGCUUCGGCGUGUCAAGGCUGUCGCGGACAAGGCUGUGGAGGAACUUCGGGAGCGAAAGGCCAAGUUCGAAUGCGGUGAGCUUGUCAAUGAAGACGGCCAGCAGCCCGAGAACCCCAUGGUCGCAGCGGAGGAGCUGAAGGAGACCGUCAGCGAGAAGCGGAGCAAGAAACUCAGCAAGAAGGAAUUCGAUGACUUGUGGGUCGCGGCGCUUGGUGAGAUCGAGCAGAGGGAUGAAGUUGUGGUGGAGAAGAAGGAAGAGCCAGCACCACCAACUUCUUCCAGUUCCGGAGCCGUUUCAGACACCUACCUGGCGUCCACCUCUCUCGCUCGCCUUCCGCUCGGGUGCGCAGCCCGCCGCUCCGUCCGCCUCGGACUGGAACGACAUCGACUCAGCAUUGUUUCAGUAGUCCUCUCCAUUCUGUCGGCGCUUUACGGCCGUUCCAAGUACAGGACGCAUCGUGCCAUUUCGGCCCAGAUUCCCGGCCUGGUUGACUUGGUCCUGGACAGGCUGUCGGCACAGAAGGAGCUGGCGUAUGACGAUGACGGCGAGGUUGACACUUUCCUCUUCCUGCCGCACUUACGAGAUGAUGUUUUGCGAGCCGUGCACUCGAUCUCUCAGCGUGAGCGGAUCUGGAAGCGUGUCAAGGCGGUGAUUGAGCAGAACUCUAAUGUACGAACCGGCCAGCGGGAGGGCGUCAACGGAGAGAUCGGCCGCGCGUGGGAGUGGAUCGGCCCUAGUGGGGCUGGCGAGACCGGCGGCCGGAGGAAGAGGAUCGGGCGGAGGUCACAAAGCCCUGGCGAUACAGAGCUUGGAGACGAGACCCUAUUUGUUGAUAGAUCUGCUGUCCAUAAGAAGUGGGACGAGCCGGGCUCGAGACCGAUAUACUGA